UUAGUGUCUCUGCAACAGUUGAUCUUCAGACGAGUUUGCAGUAAUGAAGUUGAUCGUGAUCUUCACAAUUUUCUUGGCCUUGAGCCUCACAUUGGCAGUUCCUCGACCAGACAGUGUGGAAGAAACAUCUGAGGCCACAAAUGCAAACAUUAAGUUGGAGUAUCUCGAAAAACUUGUUGGGAAGCAACUCAAUAUUAACCGCGAAGAGGUCCAUAAGUUUAUAAAACUCCUCACAGAAUUACAGAAGCAAUCCAACACUGCAAUCGAUGAAAGUGAACAACUCAAGCAUUUCGAAAACUUCAUUGGACCUCGUCAAGAAGCUCACAAGCUAACAAAGUUGAUAAUUGGUGUUAUGAAAGAAUACGCAAAUAGGGAAGAAAACGCUAAGAGAACAGACGAAACUGAGAUAUUUCUGCACUACGGAGAAGUCCUAUUGGAAACCUUCUCAGCAAUGAGACGCCACUUCAACAUUGAAGCAGACAUUCUGGCUGGACUCAUAAAUGUGCUUAAAUAUCCAGAAGAUUCGACAUAUUCGGAAAAAUUUGGAUUUAUCAAAGAGAAAUAUGGAUUGUAGAUAUUGUGCCAUAAAUUCAUUUAUAUCCAUGACUAUUAAAUUCCACUUUAUUGAUUAAUAAAGCCCAUAUUUGACACCCAAUUUUCCAAUGAUA